UAUUUUAUGUGUGGCCCACAACUCCACUCAGUGCAGCCCAGGCAGACCGGAAGGCUGGAUGCCCAUGUUGUAAAUCGUUAUGAGUAUCAAACACAGUAUCCUUUAAAUAUUCAGCGGGUCAUUCGUGUAACACUCAAUUAACUAGCUUCCCACAGCCAGUAAAGCACGGUGCCUUCCACAAACAGUUUACAAUCUGAAGUGCAAACACAUAAGCAGAGUUCCAGCACCGCCCCGCCGCAGUGAAACCCCUCCUCUCAUUGCAUGAAGCGGCGCCGGCGCGCCGCGCUCUUUCCUCCCCUCCGUCCCUCCCUCCUCCCGCGGCGGCAGCAACCACGGCGGCGGCAGGACCGGCACCGAUGAGGCGCACGUGCGCGGUGUACGGCCGCUGGGGCUGCACCGGCUCUUUGCGGAGGGGCCGAGCGUGGUUGGCAGCCGGGAUCAACCGUGGGGGGCGCGGCGCCGGCGGGGCGCGGUUCUCGGAGUGGGGCGGCGAGAAGGGCUGGAAGGGUCAGUCGCAGGGUUGCCCGCAACAGCUGGCGGAGCGCUACGCGGACCUGGCGGCCAGCCACUGCGAGGCGGUGCAGCAGCGGGAGGAGGGAGAGUGGCACAACGCGCAGCUGCGCCUGGAGAACGUGCGGCUGCGACUGGAGAACCGCCGGCUGCGCCGCGAGAACCGCUGCCUCUUCCACCAGGCCUUGCUCGGGAACGGCCCCCACGAGCCCGAGAAGGGCGAGCGGCAGGGAUCGGGAGGGGAGGCGGAGGCGCUGAGGGCGCAGCUCGAGAGGCUGCACGAGAAGCACCGCCUCGCCCUGAAGCAUCUGCGGCGCUGCCAGGAGCGGGCGGAGCUGGACGACGAGGAGCUGCAGGAGCUGCUACGGGACGACCCGCUGCCGCCGGCUGCUCUCGAACCGGAGGAGCCCCGCGCCGCCCCCGUAGGCGGUCCCGAAGAGAAGGAGGCGGUGCUGCCGUGCUUGGGGCUCGGCGGAGAUGGGGGUUGUGCUGUCCUUCCGCACAGCCCGAUCUGUGGCAAGUUGCUUUCCGAGCCCGGAGAUCGGUGCAGGGUGUGAUCCCAUCGCCUAAACGUGUGCCACAGCAGCGCUGCAGAAGCCGGGAAAGGGACAUUUGGAAGAGGUCGACGCUGUGGUCGAAGAAGGUUUUAAAGCUGCCGUCGUUGUGGAGAGAAUCGUCCCUGUUGGCCCCAUGUCAUCUCAGAGCAGUCAGCUGUUCUGUAGGCAGGAUCGUGUAGGCCUCGUAGCACAGAGACUAUCAGAAGAUGGCUCUGGCCAAUUCCUAGUAGUCUGUUAUUUCAUCAGCUCUCUGGUGAAAGCCACUGGUCCAUGGAGUACCACGUUGCCUGGGCAUUGAAUGAGGAAUGGAACCUGUGUCUCUAAGAAUGGACUUUGUUUACCCUCACAUAAAUACUGAUUUUUAUUUUGCACUUACAUAAAACCACAACUGUUAAAUAAAAACAAGACCCAGCAAAUGGUUAUCUCAA